AUGGCUGAUCCGAUCACUGUUAUCGCCACUGCCGGCGCUAUAUCAAACAUCGUGGACGUCCUCGGCAAGACCUUGAGCAUUCUUCAUAAAGUUCGGAUCCAAUGGAAGGCUGCUGACCUUACAUUUAUGAGUCUCAUGUCUCAACUUACUGCGCUCAGAGCUGCAUUGAUUAAGAUACAAGAAUGGAUCGAUGCAAAUCUUGACGAGGCACACCAUCAACUGGUCAUGGACUUGGAUGUCUCUUUAGCAUGCUGUAAAACCCUUAUCGGCAUAAUUGACGGGCAGCUCUCGGAUAUUACUAAAAAGCCCGAUGAAACCCUGGAUCUAGCUACCAAGUUCAAAUUCGUCUUCAAUGGAAGAAGUAUGGACGAGCUACUCACAAUGAUAGAACGACAGACAAGUUCGAUAAAUUUGCUCUUGACGGCUUGCAAUUGGUGCAGUAAAACCCUUUCUGAGCAGCAAUCACUACUCGAAAAGUCCAGUACCAGGAAGCUAUUCGGACAAACGGAGAAUGAUUCUGCUUCAUUGAUAGUCCAUCGCGACAGUCUUUCUUUCUCGAGCCCUUUCUCCGACAACUUGUCAAAGCUAUCGAGGAUCUUCCCAUUUGAUCGCGAGCUUUUCACCUCCAAGGUAUAUGAGCAAGUCUUCCGUGGCUCUUUGAAGGCAACGUUGCGACGGCAUCGAACAGAUUCCAUGCUAGUUGAAGCAAGGGAACGGUCUGAGGCUAUUGAUCGUCAUCUCAAAAGAGAUGAGGAGACAAGUCGUAGGGAAGAAAAAGUACUCCUAAUUGGGACCACGGCCUGUGCAACCCAAGUAGUACUCCAGAAGAUGCGGGCCUUUCAUCAUCUUCACCAUGGCGAGGCAACACCAUAUUCUCUACCCGCAUUGCCCUCUAAAGCUGCAGAUCAACUUACACGAGGCAUUGAAGAGCACACCUUUGACCACAAAUCCUUUCGAGUACACAUCGUCGAACUCGGGGAACAAGCCAGUCAGCGACAAAAGUUCAUCAAUCAAUUUGACGGCACCAUUACGGCUGCAAUCAUUGUGGUAUCACUGACUUCGUAUAAAGAUGCGACUUCACAGCAGCUAGAUCCAAGUCAGAACAGUAUGAAACAAAGUCUUCAGCUAUUUGAUUCUUUGUUCAACUCAAGAGUUUUCAAGCGCAAGCCAGUCAUACUGCUUUUAACUGACUACACAAAUUUCAAAAAGGGACUAAGUAAGACACCAUUGAAUAGGGAUUUCCCCGACUAUACAGGAGGCAAUGAUGCUCCAACAGCUGUCAAGUAUAUUCUUCGGCAAUUCAACCGGCUGAACCGCAACAACCUUGCGAUAUACCCCCAUCUCCUGGAACCUGAUGAUAUGAAGAUGGCCGGUCUCAUUUUCUCCGUUGUGGCUGAGGCAUCAAUUCACACGAACGUAGCACGCUGGCUAACGGAAGCCCUCUGA